AUGGAUGUGGAGAGAGCUGCGCCCAAGGGGCAUGGCAUCCUCAGCCUCUUUGAUUGGGGCAAGAGCAAGAAGUCCAAGAAGCGGCUGUUCGCCGGAGGCGGGGGCGCUUCUCCGACGCCAGGGAGCACGGCAGAUGGCAAGGAAGCCGUUGGCAGCAGGCCGAGCACGCCUUCAAACUCGAUCCUCGAAGAUGUGUCGAGUAUGAGGGAAAGUAGCGAGCAUAGCUCGUCAUCCUCGGUAAUUGAUGAGGACGCUCGUGCGAUGAAAGGACCCACUGUUGUGGCGAGGCUGAUGGGUUUGGAUUCCAUGCCUGCGACCAGCUCAUCUGGAUCCUACCCGAUUCCUUCUACCGCGCAGCAAACCUUCACAAACAAUGUCCAUGAUGAGUUCAUUGGCAGAAGCUACAUUGGCAGUCCUAGUCCUCAUAAGAUGCCGAGUAGCCCUAUUGACCGGUUUGGAAUGGAAGCGCUGCCUCAGAGAUUUGCCAAAAGGUCACUUUCAGGUGCGCAGCACAAGUUGUUCUCCCCGGUAAAGAAUCCUAAUCAUACGUCAGGCAGAAAUGCUGCUGAUAUAAUGGAGGCGGCGUCUAGGAUUAUUGGGCCUGGAGUUGAGAGUAAUAGCUCAUACAGAGCUCGGGAUGUUGGGUACUCAAAUGUCGUGCGUGCCUUCAACACAUCAGAGAUUGUUAGGGUCCAGCAAAUGUCCCAAGCGGCGAAGAAGCGUGACACCUCAGCAUCUGCUAAGGCACCGAGAGCAAAACCUUUUGAUGGAAGUUUGGUGACUUCAGAGACAACCUCUUCUUCCAGGUUCUCAGAGUCAAAUGGAAAUGCUCCAGUUGCUCCAAGGGUCAAGGCCGCCAGUAGAUUUUCACUAGAUCCGAGAGCUGCAAGUACCCAAGGAAGUGGAGGUAGAAGCAAAAACAGCAGGAAGCCUGCAACUCAUAUGGAUCCAGAACAUAACAUGGCCGAGAGAAAUCGGGGCAACCAACAAAAGAGUAAUAACCAAACUGUUGCAAGCUCUUCCAAUUCGCUUGAGCAAAAUAACAGAAAGCGCAAUGCUAUGGGUGUUAAGCACAAGGUGAAUCCAAAGUCAGCAAGACUCAGUCAACAGGGAAGCAACACACAUUCAACAAAUGCCUCCCCCAGGAAGGCCGGGAUCACCAGCACCCGUGCUGAAAGCAGUACGAAAGUCAACACAAAGGGAGAAGUGCAGCCAACCAACUAUGCAAACAGAAGAUUAAAUUCUACAGCUAAAACAAUCCCCAAACCGAGAAGAUUGCCAGAUGGGAGGAUGAACCCAAAGAAAAACCAGUCAAUUGAUAAAAUUCUCGCCGAGAGAAUUCAAAGGCGUGUUCAGAACAAUAUUGGGACAGAUGAACAGUCAUCUUCCUCCACAAACAAAAACAAAGUCAGCACUGAGAUUGUUUCAUUCACAUUUACCUCACCAGUUCACAAAUCAUUACCUGGUUCUAGAUUUCGCAAUCAUUCAGUGGAAACACGGUCAAUAGAGAGCAUGAACUCAGCACCAACUUCAAGCAGUACAUCGAAUACUAAACCUGAUGACAUAGAUGGUGAUUAUUUGGGAAUUCUUCUGGAGCAGAAAUUGAGAGAAUUGACCUCUCGGGUAAAGUCACCCUAUUCUAAGCCAGCCAAUGGGGUUCGAGUAUACGCCCCUUCACCAGGUUCGGAAGAUACAUCUAGCAUUGCAUCUACUGAGUAUGAUAGGGAGUCGUCUCAGCCUUUCAAGGACGGAAAAAACAAAUUCCACCAGAACGAUCUUGAAUCGAAAAGUGGUCAGAUUUCUCUUUAUGGCCAGUCGUCUCAAUCUGUGAAGUUUGAUAAUGAUUUCGUCGAUCAAGUGGAGUUGGAGCAUCUUCACUUUAGCCCCCGUUCUACAUGGGAAGUCUCCGUUUCAACAGAAACGGAAACCUGCUGCUCUGCAGAGAGCUGGACAAAUGCAAACGAAUCAAGGUUGUUUAGUUGUACAGAAGGAGCAGCAACAUCUGGUUCUGCACAGGACGGUGGAUCCCAAGAAGUGGACGCUUCAUCCGAAUAUUCUGACACAGCGUCGUCAGUCACGGCGACUACAGCCGAAACAACACACCCAUCAGAAAGCAGCAGCUCUUGUCGCGUGGACCGUGAUCCGGAGAUAGACUUCCUGAGAGAGCUACUGAACGCCAGUUCUCUCAGCGGACAGUCUUCAUCCGUUUUUGAGCGGUCGGGCAGCUCAGCCAUCCUGGACCCUCGUCUGCUGGAAGAACUAAACACAAACAGGAGCUCCAGGCUUGCAGCAGCAGCAGCGCCAGGCGGUGAGGAAGACGGCGGCAAGGCCUCGAGGAUGUCCCGGCGGCUGCUGUUCGACUGCGCGAACGAGGCGCUGAGCGGCAAGUGCGCCUACUACCUGGACGCGGGGUACGGGUCGUGGUUCACGGGCGCGGCGGUGCUGGUGAAGCUGUCGGCGGAGGAGCUGCACCGGGAGAUGAGCGGCGGCGGGCUGCGGGUGGCGGAGGAGUCGAUGGUGGACGAGCUUGUGUACAGGGAGAUGGGCGGGCCGCGCGGCGGGGCGUGGGUGGAGUUCAAGACGGAGUCGUUCGAGGCCGGCAGGGAUGUGGCGGCGGCGCUGCUGGAGGCCCUGGUCGACGAGGCCGUCGCCGACCUCCUCAUGAGCUCCGGCUCCGGCGGUGCUGUUCCUUCCCAUUGCUGUUGA